ACAUGAAAAUUAAACAAAAAAACCCAAAAACACACACCACCCAGGCCCUUUGCAAGCAAAAGGAAGCUGCUGGAUAGCAGCACACUCACGCUUUUUAACUCUUUCUUCUGUCAGCGGCAAUUUCUGCAUCAGAUCCCAUUCUCUAUCCUCAUGUGCAGGGCAGCCAGAUGUUCCUGGAAUAGAUUCAAAACCCACGUGGCCAGCUAAAAAGAGGCUUGGGGAUCUGCAGAAGUAAGUAACUUUUUUUCUCUCUCAUCAAGUUUCAUUUUGAUUUUGGGAAACCUGGAGCUUUCUGAAAACAAAUACAUGCACUAAAUAUAUCUACUUGUGAUCCCAGCAACCCCCCUCUCCUAUUAUUAGCAAGAAAGACGUUUGCUGGGCUGCCAGAUGUCAGAGCUAGAGAAGUAGAAAAGAUCAGUUUUGCCGCCUGUUUGCUUCCUCCGUAAAAAGUUCUCAAACUAUUUUUGUGCAGCGAUAGCAAACUGGCAGCAAGCCCAGCUGGUUUACACACAAUAGCUUACACGCAAUAUAGUCCUUUGCUAUGCUAUGUGAGCAGUUCUUUCACAUCUUUUAUCAAUAUUUCAAUUUCAAGUGGUGCUUUUGUUUUGUUUCGAUUUCAACAAUCCCUGCACAAGAACGUUAAAAGAAUCUACAAAUCUCUGGGUGGAGUAGUUGGUCUGUGUAUGUACUGAAAUGUGCGUGGCUGUUCCUGACAUUCAGGCCUUGGUCUAAGGGUGUGGCUCUCAGGCACAAGGAUGACAUGUGAGAUGCCAGACAUAUAUUUUUUGCAUUUAUGUUGCAAGUGACCUUACACUAUAAAGUAUAAGAGUAAUAGAUUCCAUCAGCAUUAACAGGAGGUUAAUGGUGUUUUUAUAUUUUCCUGAAGAUUAUAAUGGAGGGAGGGAAAGAGAAGGAAUGGGAAUGCCUGUUUACUUCCCUACCCCAACCUGCCUUUUCCCAGAUAUAUUAGAGAUUUAAGGUGCCAAAAUUGCUGCAUAGAAGUUCAGUUCAGAGUAUUAAUGUAGAUUCAGUCCUUCAGUCCCGAGAGUGCAUGACUCAAGCACGUGUAUGAGUAGAUGGAAAGGAAUUUCCUGGUUCUUCCUCUCACUUGUAUAAUCAUUUUUAAUUUCUGCUAUCUUCUGUACUGCAAGUACUCAGGCUGAAGAUGCAUAAAGCAUUUACAUAAGAAAAGCCCUGCCCAAAGUUCAACAUCCUGUUUUCACAGUGGCCAACCAUAAUCAUACGGGAAGCCCACAAACAUCCUUUAAUUGAAAAGACUUGCAAACUAAGGUGUUAGUUGACUUGCAUUGAUGAGGCCCAAUUAAAAUCCAUAGGAGAAAAUUAUAUUUAGCUGGACGGCACCAGGUGCUGCAAUGACCACAAAGUAAGCUCCAUUGAAUUCAGCACAGCCUACCCCCAGGUAUGUGGUAUAGGAUUGCAACCUAAAAAUGCCUACAAGAUUUUUAAAAACAUAAGCUACAGCCCCAGAUUGGUUUUAGCUGUACUUAAGGCAUGAUGGGAGACUGUCCAUGACUUGGAAGACCAUACAUCUACCUCAUCUUUCCUCCUCUGGCAGUUUGACUUAAUGCUUAUUAUCAAUGCUGUUUUUCUAGUAAAAGAGGUGUCGGGACUCAUCAUGAACACCUCCCUUGUUCUCUUAUAAUGGCACCCACGUGAGAGGUGCUGGAACUGAGUGCCAGUGAGUUCUAGCUGAAAAAACAACCCUGCUUAUUAUUAUUAUUUGAUGCAAAACACAAGCACGGUCAAGCUAUUUGGGAACAGGGAACAUAAUCCUAUGAAAUGCAGCAUAUAUGUAUUUGUUUUUUUAAAAAAAUCAGAAAAUACAGCACAUUCAGUUAAUUUUAUCACACGCUUCCCAAAUAAGAGGACUGGUAAAGAAACCCAAAGGGUACUGUUAUAAGUGCCAUAUCUUUUCAGGAAGCUUGGAGGUUAUGUCAGAACAAAACACUUUAACAGAGUCUCCUCAAAUGGAACCAAUACCACAGCUUAGACAAUGUACAAACAAGUCCAAACGGAACACAGAAUGGUUAAAAAUAGCAGAGUCAAGGAAGCUAUAAAAGGCAAGAAAGCUUCCUUUAAAGAGUGGAAGUCUUGCCCUCUGGCGGGGGGCGGGGGAGCACACAGGCAAGCUGUGUGUAAGUCAAGCAAAUAAAGAACUUGAGGAGAAUAUUACAAAAAAAAUUAAAAACUCAAUAAAAUUCUGUGAAGAAACUAGGAUGACACUGGGGGUGUUAGAUAACAGAAAUGUGUCAAAAUAAUACUUAAGGAACACAGGGGAUUUAUUUUAAUAAAAUUUAUCAGGCAUGGAUAAAAAGCCAUGUCCUUUGUGGAUUUGUAACACACUAAAAAUCAGUAAACACAUACAAUGGACUGAGAAUUGUUAUGGUGGAGGGAAGUAAACAGUCGCAUCCCCUAAGAAUCUGUGUUGAAAAGUGAUCUAGUGUUUAACUAUAAAUGAUAUGAAGUUCAAGGUGAAGAGGGUAGUAACCUAGUUUAGAAAUGACUUCAAAUUAUUCAUUUUUCAAAAUGCUGCAAUCCAGACCAGAGUGAGAACAACUCACGGGUGGGGGACACCUCUGAAUAAAUGAGCAACAGAAUAGCAGAUAUUAUUCAAUGUAAAUACAAAGUGACGCAUAUUGGAACAAAACAAAUCCUACCAUAGUUUGAAGGAGAAUCUAGAAUUAUCCAUUUGGAGGACUGAAGGGAUAACAGAGAUGGUUACUUGUGGGGUACCUUUUUUUAUUUAUUUGUUGCUCCUGGCCCUAAGCUGCAUUUAUGGAUGGUGAGGAAAAGAAUGAGGGAUCAGGCUUCAGGCCUGCAGAGUGUUGGGGACUGAAUUGGCUGUAACUGUCAUAGAAAGAGAGAUUGGGGCAGGGUUGCCAUAUUUCAAAAAUCCAGGCACAAAAGUUGUUGAUUUUUGGUUUGUUUUUUUGGGGAGGGGGCAAUGUUGUUGAGGUUUUUAAGGAAAUUCUACACUUACGACAUGGGUUGCCAUACAUCUGUAUUUUCCUGGACGUUCAAGCGAUUUCUGCCUGGACACAGUUUCUGACAUCCAAAUCUCUGGUAUGUCUGGGAAAUUCCAGUCAUAUGGCAACCUUAUAUUGGGGUCCAUAGGAAAAAAUCAUUACUAAUUAUGUUCAUGGUGGGAAGGGGCAAUAGUACAGCAGUAGAGCAGAUGAUUUGAAUACAGGUGGUUUUAAGAUCAAUCCCUGGCACCUCUUGUUUACGCAGAGCCAACCCAAGACAUUUGCUGCCUUAAGCAAGCACCUCCUGCCAUUUCUAUGUACAGAAGCCAACUGGACUGAGAGCCAAAUCUUACCACAAGGCUGGUCAUGGAAUAGCACACUCCACUAAAUCUCAGAAGGCUAACUUAGGAGGGCCAUGUCAGGCCUUGUAGCACACACAAUUCUGUCCUCCUGACAGAAGGAACUGGCCGGGGGCCUUAUGAGGCACAGCCAGGAAGCUGCUGCUGGCAUCCUCCAUCUGCCACCUUAGGCAGUUGCCUCACUUUGCCUAAUGGUAGGGCCAGCCCAUAAUUUAAGUAGCUCAGGUAGCAGGUGAUAGGAAAGGUCUCUGUCUGAGACCCUGCUGUUCCUAGGGUACCUCCAGCCCAGCCCUAUCUUGCAGGAGGCAUUCAAGCACAUGCUGGAUUAAACUUUUAUACAUACAAGUAUAAUGCCCCAAAUGUGCAAUUAGUAAACCUAUCACUAGAUGGUGCUUGGAGAUAUAUUAUUCACAUUGCUGAGUGGCCAUAAUUGCUAGGAUAUGCAGCUGUGUCACCUAAGGUAAUGAAUUGUUGCUCCCAUUAAUUCAUUACUCCGUGUACCUCCCAUUGAUUCAAAUUAGUCAGGCAAUGACUAUUUGUUCCUCAUUAUUCCAUCCAUCAAGUGCCAUUCAUUUGGUCCAACCUGUUCACACUAAUACAGUAAACUCAUGUAAAUACUCCUGUGUUCAUAACAACAGUCUGGUCAGAACUAGUGAAUGGAAGUACAACAAAACUGAGGAUUCAUCUGUCUCAAGAUCACACAGAAAAUUUGGUAGCAAAGUAACACAUGGACAGAACCUAAGAUUAACAGCAGCACAUUUUCUAUUCUGAUAAUGGUGUUUCUUCACUGAAAAUUCAAACUCCAGUCGGUCAUUAAAGCCUCAUAGAAGUGAAGGUAAGCCAUGCUUGAGUGUUCUCUUGUACGGUGAGAUAAAAAGUCCAGCUACGGAUUCAAAGGCAAUGGAGUGCCAGAUUGUUCACUAAAGUACAUGACUGCCUAGUCCUUUCUAAUCUUCUAGUAUUAUUAAUGGAAGCAGCUGGUACAGUGGCAGACUGAUCAGAAGAAAGUCGUCUCAUUUAUUAUACAUCCUUUAUACUUUGACAGAUAAAUAGGUACACUUCAAGGAAAUUCAGUGCUUUGUGGAACUCCCUACUGAUUUCAGACAAGUAUCAACAGUGUUCAGUUUUAGACGCUAGCUUAAGACCUUUCUGUUUAUACUGAUUUUUUAUGCUGUUUAUGGUAUAUUGUGCUUUUAUGUUGUGCACCACUAUGGUGUUUUUAUGUUAAGCAGUAUAUACAUUUGUGCCAUAAAUAAAUAAAAUUACAUUAAGUCUAAUGAAAUAUGACUUCCCCGAGAUUCUAUUAAAUGUCAUCAUCAAAAUGAAUAGUACUAGUACUGGACAGCACAUUUUGUAAUGAAGCAACAUAAAUUCCCAUGUUUUAAUUGACACACGUUUCUGUCCUAAAACACUAGCUGUUUUUAGGAUAUUACAUCUCAAAAUAAUGCUAGAAGUAGAGAUUCACUGCUCAAAUAAGACAGUAUUCUACCUACCAACCAGGUACACUUGGUAUGUAAUUUAUAGUACUAGGUAAAGAAAAUACCAAAAGUAUACCAAAAUCCAGCAGACAUUGCAAACAAUAUAGUGUGCAUGGGAUUAUUAUUGUAGCUAUUAAGUAGAUAAGAGUAUGUAUUAUUGUAUCUCUUGACCUUUAGCAACCAUGAUAAUGCUUAGUUCCCAAUGUUUAGUAACUAUUCUGUUUUGCAGCCCAUGGAAAGGUGAGAAGAACAAGACUCCGUGAUGCUGCAGACAACUCCACAUCAGAACACUGAAGUCUGAACUGGAUACAGAAAAGCAAAAUGGCUGCCUUCAUUGCUGAAAACUUCCGCUUCCUUUCACUUUUCUUCAAGAGCAAAGAUGUGAUGAUUUUCAAUGGCCUGGUGGCUCUGGGCACUGUUGGAAGCCAAGAACUUUUCUCUGUGGUUGCUUUCCAUUGUCCAUGCUCCCCAGCCAGGAACUACAUCUAUGGUCUGGCUGCCAUUGGUGUACCAGCUCUGGCCCUGUUUGUCAUUGGUGUCAUCUGGAACAAUCACACUUGGAACUUGGUAGCUGAAUGCCACAAACGAGGAACCAAGAACUUUUCAGCAGCAGCCAACUUCUUGAUCUUUGGCUCUGUCAUGGGACGGGCUGCAGUUGCUCCUGUUACAUGGUCCGUGAUCUCACUGCUUCGUGGAGAGGCUUAUGUCUGUGCCUUGAGUGAAUUCAUAGAACCUACGUCUCUGGAUAAGUUUCCACCUGGCUACGGAGCAGAAACCAUGGCCAGGUUCCCUUGUAAAGACGUGCCGCAAAACUUGACAAGAUUUCAGGAUGAGGUUAUAAGACGAUUAAAGUAUGAGUCUCAGGUAUUGCAUUUUACCUACUUGUACGUCUGAAGCAGAGGAGUGCUGCCUCCUGCUUGGAAUAAGAAUAAUUAAGGGCUUAGAACAUAUUUUUCCAUUCCAAAAUGUGUGCUUUUGGUAUAUUAGGAUAUGACACAUACCUGAUAAGCUGUAAAUUCCUAAAACAGGUACAUUUUAGAGUCUUUAUUAACUUCCCCUCCAUCAACUAAUACGAUUAACUAAUGGUAAUUCCCUUGAUUACUAUUUUCCUUUUCUGCUAGUGAGUUUGCUUUUUCUUUUACUCCAUUAUCAUUGUACAUAGUUACUGUUAUUAUUCAUAUCAUGGUAUGAACUUUGGGUUUUCAGGAUAUCAUAGUAUGAUAGCAUGCCCCUGGGCUUUCUUUAGAUCUAUGUGAUUCUGCACCCAUUUGCUGUUCUGGGCAAGGCUUAGACGUUAGUUCAAUUUAUUCUGUGGCUGCCCCAGUGGGGGCUGAUCUACAAACCCUUGCAACCCAGUUCUUUGCAUGAUUACUUGAAGCAGCUACACUCAAUGCAGUGACGCUCACCCCACAGUAAGAAAACAUUGGAUUGCAACCUUAAAUGGUCAACAAUCGACUGAACUGAACUCUUUUGCUUCAUUUUCAGCCUCUGUCUGGCCACUGGAAACUAAAUCCUCUUAUAUUUCUCUACAACUGGGGCCCUCAACAUAGCACCCUCAGACACUCUUUGACAUUCACAAAGGCCCCCUGCUGCUCCCCAUUGUUUGUUUUUGUUUUGGGGUAUUUGUUUGGUUCGAAAGGAUACCUGUUGUGACGGGGGUUGUCUGAUUUGGCAGGCGUGUGUGUGUUAUAGGUGCUUUGCUUGUUUUAGGGCAGGCAUGUACAACUCCCAAGAGACUGAUCUACUCCCAGUAUAAAAAAAUUGGCAGUGAUCUACCCAGUCAUUGGAGGGGGAGCAUGCAUGGGGUGGGUGGAUUGCCUGAAGUUCUUCAGCUUUUAUUUGUUAACUUUUGGUAAACUGUUUCUUAAUCCCAUGAUUGAUAGGGGUCCCGCGAUCUACCAGGAUCAGCCAGGGAUCUUCUGGUAGAUCGCGAUCUACUGGUUAGACAUGCCUGUUCUAGGGGAUGUUGGGAAAGCACCACUUUUUCCUUUUGUGACUUGUUUUUCGCUGCCCAGGACAGUUUCAGAGUCCCAAAUGUGCCCCUAUCCAGAAAGGUUGUGGGUCCCUGUUCCAGGAUAUAUUGUAUUUUUCCAUUUGCAAUUUCCAGUUUUACCAACUGUGGGAAUUUUUCUAUUUAUAUACAAAUCAAUGUGUGGUAGCCAAGGAUAUCCUUUUGAACCCUACUUUCUCCUAAAGGGAAUGCAAAUUUUAAUUGGUUUAUUUGUCUUUCUCUUCAGCUGUUUGGGUGGAUGCUCAUUGGUGCGGUUGCAGUUCUUGUGUUCAUCACCAAGUGCCUCAAACACUGCUGCUCACCACUCAGCUACCGCCAGGAGGACUACUGGAAUCUGUACCGCUCCAGUGAGGCCAAACUCUUCCAGCGCACUGCUGAGAUACACUCGAAGGUUGUGGCUGCAAACAACGUCAAAAACUUCUUUGGCUUUGUGUGUCUGGAUAAGGAGGAGAAGGAGUUGGUGCAGGAAUUUGCUGUCGAAACCCUUCAGCCCAGGCCACAAUGGGAUGCCAUCACAGGGGUCUAUAUCUAUCGGGAGAAGAACGGCUUCCCCCUCUAUAGCCGUCUCCAUAAAUGGGCCAAAGGUGUGACAGGAAACAGCUUAGGUCCUGACAGCCAGGAAAUGGCCUUCUUAGCUACCUAGCAGAAGCUGUGGACUUAAACACAUUUCCCUGUUGGGAGUAAGUCCCGUUGAACUCAAUAGGGUUUACUUCUGAGUAUACAUGCAUAGAAUGAACUGGACUAUAAGAGUGACCACCGCUCUUGGUACAUCUGUGCUGUAUACCUUCAUUUUAUCUGUUGACCUAAGCUCUCAGCAAAAGAUAUGGCUAAUGGAUUUGAUGUGAGUGGUCAUCCAAAAGACUACAUUUCGAAACAGAAAUUGAAGGAGCAGCAGAAUGUCUGGAACUGUGGACUACUAAACUAAGACCACAGGACUGUGAGUCAAAGAGAAUAAUAAAUCUAAAAGAAAACAUUGCAGCUAAUCUCUUGGAUUGGGACAGCUGGUCUGAUACCCAGAGGCCUCUCACUGAUGUAUUCUCACAUACAAUGGAAAGAAGAGGAAAUGAACUGGAUGCUCUGCUUACUCAAAAAUUGCUGAUUAUUUUCCUCCUCAUUUUGAAGACAAUAUAAUGCCAUCAUGCAGCUGUGCCUUAACUUACUUUUGUUUGACUUCCUCCAGGAGGGCUCAAACAUACAUAUAUAUAUGUGUGUGUGUGUGUGUGUGUGUGUGUGUAUGUAUGUGUGUGUGUGUGUAUGGGUGGGGAACCUGUGGUCCUCCCAGAGGCUGAACUCCAGCUGACAUCAACCCCACACAGCAUGGCCAAUGAUCAGGGGAUGAUGCAUGCUGUAGGCUGGAAACAUGUAGUAGGCAACAAAUUUCUGAUUGCUAGUACAGGAAAUUAUCAGCGGAAUCUCUCAGAAACCUACUUCCCUAUCAAGAUUCAGGGCUAGGACCCAUAGGAUUGGCUGAAUUCUGUUUUUGUGAGUGGCAUCUGCCCUGUAUUUCCUCCACAGGAUUAAAAAAAAACCACCUAACUGACCUAGACUGGAUUAUUUUAUUUAAUGGACAAGACUCUGCAGUUUGCACUUUUAUGAUCCCAUUUCUCAUUAUGACUCUUGUACAUGCCUUCCCAUAUACUGGACUUCAGAUGAUAGCACAAUUGUCUCUGAAUAACUGUCUACCAGCAAAGAGCUACUAUUGCUUUCCCCCCAUUUACUACAAUUAUCUUCAUAUCCUUUACCAAAAAUGUCGCAAGGUUCAUCUUAGUUUGGGGACUAUCCUUUCUUAAUAAAAGUUUGUGGGUGAGAGUUGAAGAGUAUGGUAAAGGGUCCUGCUUCAAGGGUCUGUUGUCCAAAGGGUGACUCCCCAAAUUAUUAAAUCAGGGAUUUUAUCUAAUGACCUGAAUUGCUGCUAUACAGAAAAGCACUUCUAUUUAUUUCCAGGAUGGCUAAUAGGUGGCCUCCAGAUAUUGGACUCCAGUUCCAAUCAGCUCUAGCCAGCAUGGCCAAUGGUCAGAUUAUGGGAGUACAGACUAACAAUAUCUAGAGGCGCACAGGUUCCCUAUCCAUGACAUAUUCUACCUUUGGCAAGGUAUGAACAUUUAGUAUCCUCAGCAAAAACCAUAAUCAGAAUUUGAUGCCUGCUUGGAGUUUAAGCCACACUAAGAUGAACAGAAGACCGGAAGAGCUUCCUUUUCCUGGCUGAGGGACCCUAUAAUAAGUCCGGUAUCAUGUACUGUAAUUUGAUUUUGUGUUUUUUCACUCCACGGCUCUUUCUAAAUGCUGUUAUAAUUUCUCAUGGCUUUUAUGGUCUUCCUUAUUCAAAUAUGGCACAGACCACAUGGACUGUAUAAACAACAUGAUCCAAUGUAUGUUUUGUCAUUUUUCAUGGUUCUAGUAAAUGCUGCAACAGUCACCUUUCAAGUGACUUAACA